CUCUUACCAUGGUAGUCGGGAAACACGUAAUUACUGUUACCAACAUUCCUUGGACAGUGGGUCGUCACGAGCUUUGGCUGUAUUUCUCCAAGUUCGGUUGUGUGACAAAUACUUUUGUAGCGUUUGAUAAACUAACUGGUCUCCAUCAGGGUUAUGGAGACGUAACGUUCUUAAAGAAGGAAUGCAUGAAUGCCGCGCUCGAAAGUAAACAUCCUUUAGAAGGGAAAGAUUUAGUCCUAUGCAAGAGAGAAAGUAAAAUUGAUUAGAGUUAUACGUUUAAUUGAAA